CAAAGAAGAUGAGUCCAUUGAUCGCGAAAUCGGCAUAUCAGCAUCCGCAUCAUCGCCGACAAGAACCUUCAGCGCAGGCAACAGCUACCGGAUCCCCAACACCCGUCGCCACAGGCACCAGACCACGCAUCAACCUAGGACCUCUGAGCACCGCAUUCAUACCUCCACCGAGUUGUACCCGACCAGCUCUGCAGUCACCACAAUUUGGCAUCGCGCGAGUGGGUCAAUCAUGCGCAGAUGAUGGGCCUGUCGACAACAUAUCGUGUUGGCCUUCAGUAACAGCAGCGGCGUUGCAACCUGGUGUUGAGACUUUUGGAGGCUUGGGCUUCUAUUCACCAGGGACGAUAUGUCCAACAGGAUAUGUUUCUGCGUGUGGAUUUGCUCGUCCGAGCAGCGGAGAAAGCACAAGUGCUACCAUCACCCCAGGACCCAUGGCCAAUGGCGAAUUUCAGUUUCCUCUAGUCCUUGGAGAGACCGCAGUCGGCUGCUGUCCUACGGGAUACACAUGUGCUACCGACCCAUCACAAGGAUUUCAAACGUGCCGCCAGGUUGCCAGUUUGACAAACUUGGAAGUUAAAGUGUGUAGCAGUGGGGUAGAGAGACAGGUUCCUGGAUUCGCUGUUCCUUUUGCCGUGGGCUCGAAAACGAUAGAUAGUCUGGAGAUAUUUGCACCACUCGUUCAGAUCAACUGGAAAUCUUCAGACUUACAAUCCGCUACAAAUCGCCUGGGUCCUACAACCUCAACAAAUUCUUCCGACGCAUCGAGCGUUCCUCAGGAAUCACAUUUCUCGCCUCCAACUGGUCUUUCCAAAGCUAGUAUCACGGGCAUAGCGGUAGCCAGCAUUCUCAUAGGUCUUCUUCUACUUUGUAUCCCUGCGUAUCUCUGGUAUCGAAGGCGACAGUCAGACACCUCCUCAGCUCGCUCUACACCAACCAUCAGUCGUCCUUUCAAUGCGACGAACGAUAUGCCGCCUACUGCAGAUAUAUCAGCUCACCCCGGAACAAUAAACUCUGCAACCACUCUAAUCGCGGACCGCGCUCCGAGUUUCACAGAGACCAAGUUCGACGCCAUACCCUCGACGGCGCGUUCAUACGAAUCCAACAUAUCACCAACCAAUACUUCACUCACUGCGGCAUUCCCACUCCCGCCAACCUCGACAAAUACCUCACCAGACAUGGAGUACCGUCCAUACUCCGACCGUCAAAUGCCACCAAACAUGCUACCGGAGGGUGGUAUGGCACCUGACAUCUAUCCCCGAGCUGAACGAGAACAACUGCAAGACGAAUACCCGACACAAUAUGCAACACAAUAUGUCGAGCAUGCAGACAUGGACAUGCAAGCCGGCCGUUUCGGCGCCUCUCUCGGUGUCGAAGAUGUUUUUGAAUCACCAGUCGAUCACACGAUAGCCGGCUUGCAGGGACAAGGCAAUGGCUCCCAUAGACUUCCCUCUAUCAAAGUCCCUAGCCCACGAUAUCAAGCCAACGAAGGCUCGCCCUGGCCCUCGCCCCUAAGAAUCAGCGAAGUGCUCGAUGAGUGGUAUGCCGCCAGCGAAGCCGAAAGGGACGCAGACCUAGGAAGUCAACCUAGAUUACCCUACGCGAACGCGGACGCAGAUCUGGGAAGUCAAGUUAGAUUUCCUUACGGAAACGCGGAUGCAGAUCUCGGAAGUCAGAUUAGACUGCCUUACGCGAAUGAGGACGCACAAAGUGUGGAUGUAAUCAUGGGAGACGGCAUAGAAACAAAUGACUGGGAGGCUGUAAGGAUUGCAGCGAAGAAAGCGUAUCGAUAGAGACCAGACACACGUUAGCUGGGCUGUGUGUGAUCCGGUCCAGCGAUUGAGCAUUUCUGAUUUCUUAGUGUGAGUACAACGAAAUUACAGUAGAGAGUCUCUCGAUGAGACGCAUGACGGCAGUCGGAGUCGAUCGCAAUUUUUUCUUCAAGUUUCCACUUCAUCUCUUGUUGUAGAUACAAGAUACUCACUUGAUUUGGCGCAUUCUGUACUGAGGGAUUUUGAGUCCCCGCAUCGGAGGACGGAGUCUGGGCUUUGGAAACAACACACUGUACACUACAUAUACCCUUCGGCGAUGGUAGGACUCCUUGAAUGAUGGUUCGACAUGUCCCACGGCGGAUAGUUUCCUUUUUAGUACCCAUUGUACCGUCUUGUACGGUACGUAAGCAUUUAGCCAUCG